AUGGAGAAGACAGAGUGCUCUGAAGCAGAAAACUUUGGUUUUGCGACCACCAGCCUAGAGCCACAGGCUACUGCCAAGAGGAAGAAAAACAAGAGCAAAAACCAGAGGAGGUUUAGCGAUGAGCAAAUCAGGUACGGUAUGGCACCAAACGGGAUCACAAUUUUGGAACUGGUGUCGUGCCAAACAAUAACGGGAUGA